AGAACCAGGAGGUGAAGCUGCUCAGACACAAAGACACUAAACCCCGGGUCUGAUCCCUGAGUCACUGCGGUGGUUUGAUGAAGGAGAAGUAGGUGGAUAUUAAAAGUCAAUCACGGAUCGAUCAGAUUUACAGGAGAGUUUGUGUUUGUUUAGGAAGAAGUUCAGCAGUUUGUUGUUAGCAUCCGAGCUGUUAGCCGAGCUGUCAGAGUUAGCUUGAGUUAGUAUGGAGGGUUUCUAACAGCUGCUGCCACUUCCUGCUUCUUGCAAAGUUAUUCCCUUACUUCCUACGUGGCUUCAUUUGGAAGGACCAGUACGGACAUGUCAGUAGAGUGCUCCCUGUCACCUCCUCUUCCUCCACCACCACCUCCUGCUCCUGCUCCUCCUCCUCCUCCUCCUCCAGCAGACAGGAAGAAGAAGCUGUUUCAGACCAUAGCCAGCAGCAGGAGCCCAGUGGAGGGAGACCACACUGAGGCCUGCUCCCUGCUCAGCCAGAGGCACAGCAGUUUUCGGAAGGACCUGCAGUGGAUCCUGGUGAACACAUACGUGCCUUCUCUCAUCCAGGAUGGUCCUCAGUGUGGUCUGGUGGCUUUGUGGAUGGCUGCUCACCUGCGUCAGCCACGGCUCAGUGUGGUCAUGGAGGCCGUGGUUCAGACGGCACUGAGAAGAGGAUACACAGCGCAGGGGGAAAUGUUUUCAGCCAACAACAUGGCCCUUCUGGCAGAAGAGGUGUGCGGCUGCAAGGCCGAGCUGCUGUCUGGAGGUUUGAGUGGUGACAACGCUACAGCUGUGAUCACACAUCUGUGGGGGGGACAGCCCGUUCUCCUCCCAUACGACGAGGACUACAACCACGAGCCGUGCCAGCGCAGUGGCCACAGGGCGCACUGGGCCGUCGCCUCAGGAGUUGUCCUCGGGUUGGAUCAGGGGAGUGUGAGCAGUAGUGGCGCCCAGCCUGAUCCCAGUCUUCCCUGGCUUCACCUGCCCAGCGACCCCAGUUCCCCUUGUCCCGUCCGCAGCCCGGGGCUCAGAGAGGUCUACGUGCUGGCUAAGCAGGGUAAAAGCCUGCGCUACCAGCUGUGGAGCCUGGACAGCGUGGCUCGGAGCAACGAGCAGCUGAGGACCAUGGACCCUCAGAGAGCCGGGGACGGGAGCCGGUAUGUGGUUCCCAGCGGAGACGUGGAGGCCGGGCUGGCUGGGCAGGCGGUGCUGCUGCACACGAGGACACAGGAGCAGUAAUAAGUGUUGCUGCUGUUUGAAUCUCCGAUGUAAACUGCAAUUGAGAACAUGCAGGGAACAAUUCAAAGUUAUAGUGAGAAGCUGAGUGGCAUCACAGUGGAUUCCUAUGAUGCAGCAUGAGUGAACCUACAGUAAAGAAACUGUAUUUAUCCCAAUGCUGAUGCAGCCUGGUUGUUGAGUCUACUAGUGAUGGGUGCUAUGAGAACAUUUAGAGCAAACUGCUAUUUGAACAAACCUCAGGGAGAUUUCUCUUCGUAUAAGGCCUCAGUGGAGAAAGUGGGUAAAUGAUAUAUAAUAUAAUGAUGAAUGAGAGGCUCUUUAAAUGCAGUAAGUCCUGAAGAAUACAUGAACUCCGUGUUACCUCAUUAAUGUUCAGCAAAAAAUCGGAUCAUGAUCUCCGUUUGAAGUGCCUGUAGUGUAAACAUGAGGUGUCUAUUAUUUAUGAAUAGCACAUGAUUUUAUAUAUUAAUUGCACAAUGUAAAGCUCACAGUGGUGCAGGCUACAAAUAAUGUAGCUGAACGAUAUGCGAUGUGUUUUAAACAUGACAGUAUGUAAAGCUGUUCAAGUAGACCUCCCAAAUUAACAUGUGAAAUUAUGACAAUGCAAAUGGACAGAAUAUGAGUAUUUUAAUCACAAUUAUAAAUUACAUAUAAUGUGAAAAGACCAGUUACACACCCAUAGACCACAACUGAACUGAAUUCAAACUAAGAAACUGCAGCUGUUUUUAUGGAGAAUUACAUUUUUGUGUGGCAGCUUUAAAACAUGAUGAAAUCAUCCCAGAGUGAAUGUGAUGUUUAUACAAUAAAUGGUUUUGUUUCCA